AUGAAGAUUGAGCUGCAAGGCACAGACGAUGGUGGUGGUGGCCGUGGCCACAUGGACAUACUGAGCCCUGAGGAGCUGGAGUGUAAGAUCUGCUAUUGGGCGUACAACCUCAGGAGUCGCAGGCCAAAGGUGCUCGAGUGCUGCCACCGCCUGUGCGCUAAAUGCCUAGCUAAGAUCCUGGAUCUGGGUGAGUCGCCCCCCAACAUUGUGGUGUGCCCCUUCUGCCGCUACAUCACCAGACUUGCCGGGGAGGCCGUGAGCAGUUUGCCAGACGACUGCAACCUGGUGGCAGCGCUGUCUCUCCAAAAUAGGAAUCAGAGGAACCUCCACUUCCACCAGGAGUCGACCACAGAGCUGCUCCUCAGCCCCAGGCACCUGAGCUCGCUGAUGGGCAACAAUGCACCAGUCAUGUCCCCUUCCCCGCCCUCCUCUGCCUCCUCCGCCACUACUUACUCCUCCAUCCGGAGCUCCCCUAACUUUGUCGUCAUCACCAUCAUGGAACCUCCACCAGCGCCCGCCUCAAACCAUGAUCUCCACCAUCAGCCACAUGGAUCACACACAUCAAGCCGGGGCUACCGCUCAUCCAGUCUGGACUCCAUGGCGUCCAUCACGCAGAGGUGGACGGUGUGGAACUGUGCAGCCCUCCUGUGCCAGACAUCCGCCAGGGCACUGGUGUGGGUGCUGGGGCUGCUGUACUUCAGCUCGCUGCCCAUGGGGGUUUACCUGCUCAUCAUGCAGAGGACAACGCUCGGCGUGCUGCUGGUGAGCCUGGUUCCUGCCAGCCUCGUCAUGAUCAUGGUCUAUGGAUUCUGCCAGUGUAUCUGCCAUGAAUUCUGGGACUGCAUGCCACCAUAA